GGGAGCGCGUCUCCGGACGGCUCCGCGUGCGGUUACGGGUGCAGCUCCCCGAGCAGCGCGGGAAGCGGCCCAGUGCUUCGUUGUCGCCUCCGCCGCCGAGGUGGUGUGUCUUCCCGCGCGGGCGCCCCGAGCGCGGCGCCAUGGAGGUGGUGGAGGCCGCCGCCGCUCAACUGCAGACUCUGAAAUUCGGUGGCGCCGGUGUCGGGGUUGACCAAGGUCUGGCAGUGCCGGCUCCGGACCCCGCCCCGGUCGCAGCGCCGCGGGCGGACGAGGGCCCGGACCUUGCGGGGGAGCAGCCGCCUCCGCUCGCCCCGCCGUCUCUCCCGGAGCCGCCUCCCGGAGGGAGCAGCCUGGAGACGUCGGACUCGGACUCGGACUCCGACUCGGACAGUGAAACAGAUUCCGAUAGUUCAAGCUCCUCUUCUUCCUCAUCAUCAUCCUCAUCGUCUUCGUCUCGUCUGUCCCUCCCUGCAGUGCUGUCAGAUGGAGAAGAUGAUUUACAAGUUGAGAAGGAAAAUAAGAAUUUUCCUCUUAAAACAAAAGAUGAAUUACUUCUUAGUGAACUACCUUCUGUUGAAGAACUCACUAUUGUUCUGCCUGAAGGUAUUGAAUUAAAGCCUCUUGGGAUGGUUUCAAGUAUUAUUGAACAAUUAGUAAUAAUUGAAUCUAUGACUAACGUACCUCCAGUUAAUGAGGAGACUGUAGUUUUUAAAAGUGAUCGACAGGCAGCAGGAAAGAUAUUUGAGAUAUUUGGACCUGUUGCGCAUCCAUUUUAUGUGUUACGGUUUAAUUCUUCAGAGCAUGUUGAGAAUAACGGUAUUAAAAUAAAGGACACUAUGUAUUUUGCUCCAUCAAUGAAAGACUUCACCCAGUAUAUAUUCACAGAAAAACUUAAACAGGAUAGGGGAUCAGAUGCAUCAUGGAAGAACGAUCAAGAACCACCACCAGAGGCCUUAGAUUUCAGUGAUGAUGAAAAGGAAAAAGAAGCCAAACAGAGAAAAAAAUCUCAGAUUCAAGGCCGGAAAAAAUUCAGAUCUGAAUUUAAUGAGCUAGGUGAAGAUUUUGCAGAAGUACAUCAGAAUUGGAAUGUUCAUAACUCUGCUUCAGAGCCUUCAAAAGGAUAUCACAGCAGAGAAUUCACACGAGGGUUUUCCCGGGGCAGAUAUCCUCGAUCUUGUCCUGGCAGGCCCCCACCUCCACAGUUUUAUAACUCAGAGCACAUGGUACCUCAGGAGACUUCAGGGUUUCCACCCCAGAGACAGGACGGCCCUAUGAUGCCACAGUAUCCCUUCCCUCCUCCCGGGUUUGACAUGCAUAACUUCUCACUCCCUCCCCCUCCACCACCCCUGCCGCCUGCACCUGCAAACAUGGGCUGGGCUGCCCCUGCUUUGGCACCUCACCCGUUAAUUCCCCUACCAUACUCCCUCCCCCCACCUCCGCCCCCCCCACCUCUGCCUCCCCCUUCCUCUUCUGGAGAUAGUAAUGCUUCUCAUUUUGGUCCUUACUAUUAGGUGGAUGUAUGCAUUUCCUGAGAAAUGUGGACUUUAUAUAUACACACACGCACACACGCGUGCACACACACACGCGCGUGCACACACACACACACAUAUAUAGGAAGGAAUUUUUUUUUAAAGAGAUUAUGUAGCUAGAUUUUUAGAACAUUGUCACUUACUAAAUGAUUCCUUCAGUUGUAAGUUGAUAUAUAUUGUAAUCUUUGAAAUUGUAUUUAUGAAAAUUUAACAUUAAACUUGUGGGGGGGAUCCAAUUAUGUGGUAUUAAAACUUUGAACACCACCCAGUUAAACAGUAAGUAUAGAUCUAAUAAUAAUAGAUCUGGAGCAACUUUCAUCAUGGAUUAAAAUGUACUGAGCAUAUUGAUUA